UGAAAUACUAAGUUGUCUUUAUUUCCAAUAAUUAAUGCAGCAUAAAUACAUAACCUCUUACCCUUCAGUUGUUCAUAAGAAUUGAGAAAGCCAUGAGUCGCUUCCAUCUUUUCAUUCUUAACAUAUAUUAGAUCAUUUGUGAUUAUCUUUUCGUUAUCACUUCCUUUUAGACACCCCAACUUUGUCACAGAACAAAUGGGUUCUCUUCCGUGCUUUCUUUUGGUCAUUAUUCUUCCCUUGUGUUAUUGUGUUGAUGCUGCUUGCUCCAAUGGAAAAUGCAAGCUAAAUGAUGAGUGCUCGUCCAAUGGUGAUUGUGGAACCGGACUCUAUUGUUUCUCAUGUCCACAUGGGUUUUCAGGCUCUAGGUGUGUGAGAUCUUCUGUCACAGAUCAAUUCAAGCUCAUAAAUAAUUCUCUUCCAUUCAACAAGUAUGCCUUUUUGACAACGCACAAUUCUUUUGCUAUUGAUGGAGAACCAUCCAACAGAAGAGUACAUCGAGUCACCAUCAUUAAUCAAGAAGACAGUGUAACCCAGCAGCUAAAAAAUGGAGUUCGGGGACUAAUGCUAGAUACGUAUGAUUUUGAUGGAGAUGUGUGGUUAUGUCAUUCAUUUGGAGGCCACUGCCAUGACAUCACAGCUUUUGAACCAGCUAUAGAUACACUUAAGGAAGUUGCAGCUUUUCUAUCUGCCAACCCAGAGGAAAUUGUCACACUCAUACUGGAGGAUUAUGUUAAAACACCCAAAGGAUUGACAAGAGUCUUCACGGAAGCUGGUUUGAUGAAGUUUUGGUUUCCUGUGACGAGAAUGCCAAAGAAAGGAGGAGACUGGCCUCUUGUGAGAGAUAUGGUUGCUAAAAAUCAAAGGUUACUUGUGUUCACUUCAAUAAAGUCUAAAGAACAAAGUGAAGGCAUUGCAUACCAGUGGAAUUACAUGGUUGAAAAUCAGUGUAAGAUAUCACCAACCAUUAAAUCUUUCGUGUUCUUCAUGCAGAGUACAUUUUUAUUCCAUUUUGGUGUGAUCUUAAUUUCCGCAGAUGGAGAUGGAGGAAGAAAAGCAGGAAGGUGUCCAAAUAGAAAAGAAUCUUCUCCUCUUGAUGACAUGAGCAAGUCCUUAGUGUUGAUAAACUAUUUUCGCACUAUUCCACUUAAGCCAAUCACAUGUAAAGAUAACUCUGGAGGUCUUGUUGACAAGCUAAAAACCUGUCACGGUGCUGCUGGCAACAGGUGGGCUAAUUAUGUUGCCGUUGACUAUUACAAGAGAAGUGAAGGAGGAGGAUCCUUUAAAGCUGUGGAUAAACUCAAUGGGAAGCUCUUGUGUGGUUGUGAUGAUGUCCAUGCCUGUGUGCCAGGAUCUACUUCACAAGCUUGCUCAGCCCAGAAAACAUAGCAAGUAGCAACGAGCUUCUUGCAAUGUUUGAGUCUCUUUUAUGUGUAAUUAAUUGCCUUCAUUACCACGCUUCCUGGUUAUCGUACAAGUACUAUUGUAUGCCAGUGCUACCGGAUUAUGAGUUUGAUUACCAAAAUCUGUUAAACGUGCUUCGGUGUGCUUUGGUAUUGUCAUUAUCUGUAUUGAUAAAGAGAAAUAAAACAAAGUAGACAACGGUGCAGUAUGUCCCAUGCAUUUAAUUUUCUUACUUUUAAGAGUGUUUAGGCAUGUUAUGCAGAACUUAUCGUUUGGCACAAGUUUAUGCUUUUAAAUGUAA